AUAAUGCAUGAUCUUUUGACAACGGUUUGAAAUACAUUACCCAGAAAACAAUGCGCGCAGAGCGUCAGCUCCAGUUGCCAGCCACACAGAAGAGGAGGCGCACAACCUUAACGAUACUAGAGUCCAGAAAUCUUUAUUUUUAUUUUUUUAUUUUACGAUUAUUGUUGUUUAAAUUGACAUCCCUUACGCACCUGGGAUAGUCUACCAACGCACUUUACACCCGCUCUCGCACACUCGCAACCCGAAAUGAGCGGCAGCGGGCGGCCCAGGACAAGCUCGUUUGCUGAGCCUCCGGGGGUUCCGGGAGCCGCUGCAGCCGUAGCCGGAUCAGCCGUCGCAGGUGGAAGCUCUUCAGGAAAGUCGGGGGGCGCGCAGGCCUCUGGCGGGAGUUCGUCUGCUUUCGGAAACUUAAAGCUGGGCAGGGAUAGUGGGAAGGUGACAACGGUAGUAGCCACGCCAGGACAGGGUCCUGACCGCCCUCAGGAAGUCUCAUACACGGACAUCAAGGUGAUCGGGAAUGGUUCAUUUGGGGUGGUGUACCAGGCUCGACUUAUCGACAGCCAGGAGAUGGUGGCUAUAAAGAAGGUGCUUCAGGAUAAGCGGUUUAAGAACCGUGAGCUACAAAUAAUGAGGAAGUUGGACCACUGUAAUAUUGUCAGGCUACGCUACUUCUUUUACUCCAGUGGAGAAAAGAAAGAUGAGGUGUAUUUAAAUCUGGUGCUUGAUUUUGUACCAGAAACUGUGUACAGAGUGGCACGCCACUUCAACAAGUCCAAGACCACCAUCCCUGUUAUCUAUGUCAAAGUGUAUAUGUAUCAGUUAUUUCGCAGCCUGGCGUAUAUUCAUUCCCAAGGUGUCUGCCACAGAGACAUCAAACCUCAGAAUCUGCUGGUGGACCCAGACACGGCUGUACUCAAACUGUGUGACUUUGGCAGUGCAAAGCAGUUAGUUCGUGGUGAGCCCAACGUGUCGUACAUCUGUUCCCGGUAUUACCGUGCUCCUGAACUAAUAUUUGGAGCCACAGAUUACACAUCCAACAUCGAUAUCUGGUCAGCUGGCUGUGUGUUAGCUGAGCUGCUACUGGGGCAACCAAUCUUCCCUGGUGACAGUGGAGUGGACCAGCUAGUGGAGAUAAUCAAGGUUUUGGGGACCCCCACAAGAGAACAGAUCCGAGAGAUGAACCCCAACUACACAGAGUUUAAAUUCCCACAGAUUAAAGCUCACCCUUGGACAAAGGUGUUUAAACCGAGGACCCCUCCUGAAGCCAUCUCAUUGUGUUCUCGUCUUUUGGAGUACACACCAGUGACACGGCUCUCACCGCUGGAGGCCUGUGCACAUGCCUUUUUUGAUGAGCUGCGCCAACCCAAUGCCCGUCUGCCUAAUGGCCGAGAACUUCCCCAAAUUUUCAACUUCAGCCCUGUGGAGCUGUCUAUCCAACCACAGUUGAACUCCAUUCUCAUUCCUCCCCAUGCUCGCUCGCAGACGUCACCUGCCUCACACGAGGGCAGUGGUUCAGACGGUCCAGCCCAGUCUAGCUCAGCACCGGGGCCCCUGAGCAACAACACCUAAAUGUUCCCUUGGCAUUACUGCUGUUACCAUCCCUCUCUCCUCAUCCCUUCUCUCUCAUUCCUCUCUCCAUCCCAACAACAGCUCCAAACAGUCUCUCUUGCACACUCGUGGACACACACACACACACACACACACACACACACCCACCACCUAGUGUUGUGCAGUCAUGUUCUCCCGUAUGGUCCAAGUGUGUAAUGCUCAAUCAUCAGAGGAGAUAAUGAGGUUGACUAAAUUCAGUAUGCCACUCAGCUCAGGACUCUUAAGUCUGCUUCUGCUGUGAGCUGAUAAUUAUCUUCAAAAUUCAUUAUCUUUAGGUAUGAAGACUGGGUAGGGCUUGUUAGGGUGUCAUUGCCCUCUAGUGGCAGGAUGAGCACUGCACAGUUACUGCUCUUUCUGCCUGUGGAAACCAUCUAUUUGAUGACAUUUUAAAAAAUUGAUAUUCAAUAUUGUGCUAGUUUAAUCCUUUAAAUUUGUUUUUGCUCUUAAACUUUGAUGAAUUUUAGCUUGCUUUAUGCGUUCUUGAACAAAACCAAGGACUGUGAUGUGUUUUAUGAAGCAGUAAGUGUGAGAUGUCAGUGUUUGUAAAAACAGACAGAAAUGAGCAAAGUACAAGUUGAGUGUCUUAAUACUUGUGUAUGUCAGCUGGGGUUUUAAGUAAUCAUUGCACACACUGUUUUGUUUUUAUUUAUUUUAAGGAGGUAUUUGCAUAAGCUGAGACAGGGUUAUCUUUUUUUAUUAUUAUUUUUUAUUUAGUUUCAACAUAAAACCUGAUACUUUUACUCUUAUUUUUGUGCAUGUACACAUUCAUAAACGCACACAGAGGUCAAUUCCAUCAGUAGUUGUGUUAGUGAUUCUAUUUUGAUACAAUUCUGGAUUAUGGAAUUGUGUGAGAGCGUGUUUAUGCACAUUGCUGUGCCCAUGUGUGUAUAAAAGUGUUUGUGGAACUUUAAAUGGACAGAGAUCAAUGAGCCCAUAUGCUUGCACAGAGAGAGAGAGAGAGAGAGAGAGACAGACAGACACGGGAUAUCAUUCAUCCCACUUACAGGACUGAAUCAGAAACACUUUCACAAAUGGAGCUGUUUGUCUUGCCCCCUUCCAUCCCUCCUCUUCCUCUUCUCUCAUUGCUAAUAUGUAAAUGCCAUGUACCAUUUAUUUUGUUAUUUUUGUUAUUGUUAUUCUGUUGUCCUCGUAAUUAGAUUUUUCCCUAGUGGAGUAGUGCUGGUAAAAACAGAAACCAGCCUUUCUCUUUCACUCUAUGCGUCUUUCGCGCUCUUUCUCUAUCCCUUCACCAUUCAACUGUAUAUAACAUUUCAUCCCGCUUCUCCCUGUGUGUAGGGAGGAAGACAAAACUGAACAAAAUGUUGUUUUUACCUGAUAUCUCUGUGUUUUUUUUUUCUCUCUCUCACUCUCUCUCUCUCUCUCUCUCUCCUUGCCACCUGCCUUCCCUCUCCUCAUCAGUGUUUGUUCUGAUCAUUUUAUUUAUUGUAUUGCUGUCUGAUUCAGCAGACUGUUUUUUUUUUUAACAGUCUGAUGGGGAGGGGUUUUGUGUGUGAUUCCAUUGGUGUAACGUUCAUAUCUCGGUCUCUGGAAUAUUGUCUGCUUGAAUGUUCUGGAAAGGGCAGGUUCACACUACCACACACAGGCUGCUCGGCCCAUCAGCGAAAAGAUGAACGGUUAAAGGGAGAAAGAGAGAGGGAGAGAUAAACAAUGUUUUUGUUUGUUGGUAUAAAUAAUAAACUCAUUAAUAAAGUUACAAAUUCAUCUCUGGGGCGAAUUGUUUAUUUAUAUAUGCUGUGUGGUAGAAUUCUGAAUUCUUAAUGAAUUAUUAAAUAUCAUAUGAAAUAAAUGUUCAUGAAUCUCACACAGGGGUUUUCUAAUACAUCCUUCAAAAUACUAAUGUUAAGUGGUGCAUGCUAAAGCAAAAAAAAUAAAAAAUCACUUAUUUCCUAAGCAUUAAAAGAAUAGUUCACCAAAAAUGAAAAUUCUCUAAUUUACUCUCCUUGAUGCCGUUCCAGAUGUGCAUGACUUUUUCAUGUGCAGAACACAGAUUUUU